AGGACUGAACCAGGACUAAACCAGAGCAAAACCCAGAUUGAACCAGGACUAAACAAGGCCUAAACCAGGCCCAAGAGGAGCAGUGACCCAGAGAUGAGGUUGUUUGUGAGACUGGUUUUAGUCCUGGCUCUGACAUGGACCAGAGCAAGUGCGAAUUCUGGACCCGGACAUGAAUCUGGAUCUGAGUGCCACAGAUUAAAACACACAAUGUCUCUGAAGGACAAGACGCCGAUCUUGGGUCAGUUCCAUUACAUUCAGGGCUUCAGUGACAGCCCGUUCUAUAAAUCCUUCUUGAAGAUGACCUCCAGCUUCUGGUACAACAUCACAGAGACCUCCUCAGGCUUCUAUAUGCAGCAGUUUGUCAAGUGGAAUGGAACCUGUGUAGUCUUGGCGUCCAACGCCACAAUCAAAGGACACACAGCUGUAGUCCACCUUCACAACAUGACCAGCUGGGUGCAGGUGUUUAAUGUGAGCCAGAACUCAGUUUUGGUUCGUGCCAGGACCAAAGCCCAGAACAUCCAUAAUUUCCUGCACCACCUCCGCAUAGACCCGACCGAGCACAAACCAGACCUGGACUCUGUCAGUCUCUACCUCGCCAGCAGACGAACUGACGUGAGUGACAGAGACCUGCAGCUGUUCAGAGACCAUGCCCAGUGUACAGGAUUCACAGGAGAGCCGGAUUACAGCUACCAGAACCAAGAGUUCUGUUCUGAGCCUGAGUCUGUCUCUCUGGACCAAAGAUUCUUCCAUAAAAAUUAA